AUGGGUUGUGGGUCAUCAGGCCACGUGGUGGCACCAGCUCCUGCACAGGAAAACGGGCAUAAGCCUUCGAAUGGACAUAAUGACCAGAAUAACCAUAAUGCUGCCCACGAUAAUGACUUGCCCACUAUGGUCUUGCCAGAUACACCAGCGAAGCCGAAACCGCCGAUCGCCUUCGAAAUACCAUUAGAGGAAUUCGAUAAUAGCCAUCGAGUGGCCACUCCACCAGCACACUUACAACGGUUGCUUCAGCCACCGAGCGUGGCUAUAGGCCUGCCUGACAUCGAAGGAAAGUUGGCUGAAGCCGAACAACGACGACAGGCGAUUUUACAGCAACGCGCUGCAUCGGCUCAAAAAAGAUCGCAAAAACUGACAAAAAGUUUCCACGAAAACAUUAAAAGUUUCGAUAAAACUGACUACUUCGCCUGCCUUUUGGCCGUAGCUGCGUCCGCGCACGCUUAUGGCUACGGUGGAUACUACGGUGGAUAUGGAGGAUACAAGCUGGCAGCCCCAAUCAUCACCGCUCCGAUAAUCACUGCACCAGCUUACUCUACCGCGAACUUGUACAAGGCCGCUCCAAUUCCCGUAAUUAGGACGUCGUACGUUGCCGCCCCUGUCACUGUUCCCGUCGUUAAGACCGUCGCAGUAGCAGCUCCAGUCACUUACACCGUCAGCUCAUACGGCGGCUACGGUUACGGCGCCGGUUACGGAUACGGAGCUGGCUACGGAGCCGGCUACGGAUACGGCUACGGCAAAUACCACUAA